GCGACCUCGUGAUGCUCCCGCCGCCGUCUUCCCCGGCCUGUUCGCUCAGUCUCAGGGGUGGCAUGCCGGGCACCGCCUGCCCGAAGGCAUGGGGCAGAAGCCUGACAGUGGGACAGCCCUGCCGCCUCCUGCCGAGGGCGAGCCGGAAGGCGAGCCCAGGUCCUGGCGGCUUCUCAAUGCCAUCUGAUAGGACUGCCGCCGGCUCAAUGCAGUUUCUGCUGGUGAAGGGCAGGAAGAAGGGCCUAAUCGCACGCUCCAAGACGGUGAAAUAUGUGAUCGGAGACUUGAAGGGUCUGCACCGGAAGAUCAGCUCAAGGGCCGCAGAACCGCUGUACGUUUUUGCUUUCCAGCUGAAACAGCUCCAUCGCAAGCACCACACUUACAUCCUGACCAACAGGUUAAAACCUCUUGAGGGGUUGGAGGAGGUUCUGGGAAGAGAUGGCCCCAGAUUAGGUCUCUUAGUGAUGAUCAUGGGUCUUAUCUACAUGAAAGGUAUAUAAUAGCACAGUUCUGGGAGAUGCUGAGUUGCUUGUAGGGUGCUUCCAUCAAAAUACUUCUUUGGUUACCCAAAAAGGCUUAUUAUGGAAGGUUCUGUUCAGCGGCGAUGCCUUAGUUACAGACAGGUACCUCACACCAAGCCAUCGGAAUAUGAAUUCUCUUGUACUUCCCAAAGCAACCUGGAAAAUCACCAAGAUGGAAGAAGUGGGGCAGAAGAAUGAACCGCGUAUUGGCCGGAGCCGUAGGAGCCAGAGCUGAGGCUACAUAGGGCCCAUGUUAUGGCCACCCUCCACAGCUGGUGAGGGGGUGGGGAGGAGAGGAGAUGGUCAAUGAGGGCCUAGUGGGCUUGGUAUCCACUGUCUUUGAGUCGUAAGUAGUGUCAUUUCUGAGAAAAUGGUGAAGCUUUAGUUUUUAGAUCUUAUCUAUUGUUAGCUUUUGUUACUUUUAAUAUAUUAAAUUGCUAUUUAUAAGUGAGGCCGUUCUUUUUCCUAUAGAAUUUUGUUGUAGUUUUGCUGAUUUUAUAAAUAGAGUAGUAAAACUUUGUAUUUUAUUCUGUGAUUCUGAAUGCAUUGUGCAGCAUUGUAAUUCUGGUCCUUGAUGGGCAUGAAGGGACUCAGCAGACUGAUCAGGUACGUGUGUGUGUGUGUGUGUGUGUGUGUGCGUGCGCGCACGCGCUUGUAAGCUUAUUUGAUGCCAAGUGUGUGUGUGUGUUUGUAAACUUAUUUGAUGCUGAGCCUUUGACAUUUUUUGUUUUAUUACAAAAAGCCAGUAUGUACUUCUAUUUACUUAUAUUAUAGUGAUCUAGAAAAAUGCAGUAAAUGAGCAGCAUAUCCCAGUACACUUAAUAAACUUGUUGAGCACCUUAAAUUUUGUGUUGCACAGUUAAAGCCAUUAUUUGGGAAUAGAAUACGUCCUAUGUUUGGUGGGAAUAAUAAAUAAACCGGAAAUUACGGUACAAUGAAUGAAAUGUCACAAAGGGAUAUGUGAUCUAGCUGAGGUGGUUGAAUGAGGCUCGCUUAAGGUUACCUUUAAUCCCCUCAGACUUUGGAGGAGCUCAGGGGAAGGAAUAAAAAGAGACGGAGGCGUUG